CAAGCUCAUGCUUCAAAAAUCUCUCCUCCUGCAUCUCUCGCUACAACAGCUGACCGACCGUCUGGAGCCGGAUCCGCUCGGGAAUACUCUCACAUUUCAAUUCUAAAGAACUGCAUGGACAAAUUAGCAGAAACGUUAUAGUGACAUAUAUGUGUUUUUCUGGUCUAUUUGAAGUAAGCAAACUCUCCAACAUUUACAUAACCUAAUUUACAUUUUUAUUUUGAUCGAAACUGUUCUUAUUUCAAGCACAAAAGCUUGAAAUUAUCAUUCUUGCAAACGCUCAACUUGCCCAUCUAAAAAAAAGAGUGUCUGCAUUGAUAUGCAUAUGAUAGAUAAGACUAAAUAGUGUAAGCGAACAAGUAAGUUAUAGGUUUCCAAAAAAAUCCCCUUUGCCUUUUUUGAGGCACAUCCGAUUUCUUUCUCACAAUGGCCGAUGUUAGCGCAGAAUGUAACAUCAAGGUGCUAUGUCGCUUCCGUCCUCUAAAUCAGUCCGAAAUAAUCCGUGGAGACAAAUUCAUCCCCUCAUUCCAAGCUGAUGACACUGUCAGCAUAGCGGGGAAGUCCUAUGUGUUUGACCGGGUGUUCCCCACCAACACAACACAGGAACAGGUGUACAACACCUGCGCCAAGCAGAUAGUCAAAGAUGUUCUGGGGGGAUACAAUGGCACCAUAUUCGCCUACGGACAGACCUCCUCUGGAAAGACUCACACUAUGGAGGGCAAGCUUCAUGACCCACAUGGGAUGGGGAUCAUCCCCAGAAUUGCAGAGGACAUCUUCAAUCACAUAUUCGCCAUGGAUGAAAACCUGGAGUUCCACAUUAAGGUGUCCUAUUUUGAAAUUUACAUGGACAAAAUCCGGGAUCUUCUGGAUGUGACAAAGACUAACCUGGCAGUACAUGAGGACAAGCACAGGGUUCCCUAUGUGAAGGGCUGCACUGAGCGUUUUGUCUCCUGCCCAGAGGAGGUGAUGGAUGUUAUUGAUGAGGGAAAAGCCAACCGCCAUGUAGCUGUCACCAAUAUGAAUGAGCACAGCUCCAGGAGUCACAGUAUCUUUCUGAUCAACAUUAAACAGGAACACGUGGAGACAGAGCAGAAACUGUGUGGGAAGCUUUACCUAGUGGAUCUGGCUGGGAGUGAGAAGGUCAGUAAGACAGGAGCAGAGGGAGCUGUGUUGGAGGAAGCUAAGAACAUUAACAAGUCACUGUCUUCCCUGGGCAACGUCAUCUCUGCUCUGGCCGAAGGAAAUAAGACCCAUGUCCCGUACCGUGACAGUAAGAUGACCCGUAUCCUGCAGGACUCUCUAGGGGGAAACUGUAGAACCACCAUGUUCAUCUGCUGCUCUCCAUCCAGCUACAACGACCAGGAGACCAAGUCCACACUUAUGUUUGGACAACGAGCUAAGACCAUCAGGAACAAGGCCUCGGUCAACCUGGAGCUGACAGCAGAACAGUGGAAGAAGAAGUAUGAGAAGGAGAAGGAGAAGAACAGGGUGAUGAAGGAGACGGUCCAGAGACUGGAGGCUGAGCUGAACCAAUGGAGAAACGGGGAGGCCUCCCACGGAACAGGCACGUCAAAGAACUGUCAUCGACUCCCCAGAGAAGACAGUUCCUCUUCCAUUGUGAUCAGGAUUUCAGAGGAGGAGAGACAGAAGUACGAGGAGGAAAUACGCAAACUCUACAAACAGCUGGAUGACAAGGACGAUGAGAUCAACCAGCAGAGUCAGCUGGUAGAGAAGCUGAAGGAACAGAUGCUGGACCAGGAAGAGCUCCUUGCCUCGUCCCGUGGGGACAGUGAGAAGGUGUCUGGGGACCUUGGCAGGCUGCAGAUGGAGAGUGAGGUUGCCAAGGCGGAGGUCAGGGAGGUUCUGCAGGCCUUGGAGGAGCUGGCUGUUAACUACGAUCAGAAGAGCCAGGAGGUGGAGGACAAGAGCCUGCAGAACAAACUUCUGGCUGAGGAAUUGGCCAAGAAAAUGGCCCACCUGAUGCGUAUCGAGGCGGACUUGUGUCGUCUACAGGAAGUGAGUGUUCAUCAGAGGAAACGCAUUGCUGAGGUUCUCAACGGCCUGAUGAGGGACCUUUCUGAGUUCAGCGCUAUCGUGGGCAACAAGGACAUCAAACUGCCGAUGGAGAUAACGGGGGCGAUCGAGGAGGAGUUUACAGUAGCUCGUCUCUACAUCAGUAAGAUCAAGUCAGAGGUCAAGUCCAUGGUGAAACGCUGUCGUCAGCUAGAGAACCUUCAGAUGGAGUUUCAUAGGAAGAUGGAGGAGACUGGAAGAGAGCUGUCCUCUUGCCAACUACUCAUCUCACAGCAUGAGGUGAAGAUCCGCUCCCUGACAGAGUACAUUCAGAACGUAGAGCAGAAGAAGAGCCAGCUGGAGGAGAACGUUGACUCUCUGAGUGAAGAACUGGACAAACUGCAGGCUCAAGAGAGCAUGUCAGCAGGGACAAAGGGAGAGAAUCAGACAGACGUUGAGGAGUCUGCUGAUGUCAAGAUGGAGGCUCACCGUGAGACCCACCACAAGCAGCUGGGACGUCUCCGAGACGACAUCAACGAGAAACAGAAGAUCAUUGACGACCUCACUGAUCGUAACUGUCGUCUUCAUCUGGAGUUGGAGCAUCUGAGGAGCGACUUUGACCGUCUCAUGAGACAGGAGCACCAGAAGAGUCUCCAACUGGAGGAGCUGACAUUUCUUCAUGAACGCCACGAGCAGUCUAAGCAGGACCUUAAAGGGCUGGAGGAGACUGUCGCUCGUGAACUCCAGACUCUCCACAACCUGCGGAAGCUUUUUGUUCAAGACCUCACGAUUCGAGUCAAAAGACAUUCAGAGAUGGAGCGAGAUGAAAGCGGGGGAUCUAGCCACCAAAAGCAGAAGAUUUCCUUCCUUGAGAACAACCUGGACCAGCUUACAAAGGUUCACAAACAGUUGGUACGUGACAACGCAGACCUGCGUUGUGAGCUUCCGAAGCUUGAGAAGCGUCUUCGGUCUACGGCUGAGAGAGUGCGGGCGUUGGAGGGUGCACUGAAGGAGGCUAAGGAGGGGGCUAUGAAGGACCGGAGACGCUAUCAACAGGAAGUAGAGAGGAUCAAAGACGCUAUGAGGGUCAAGAACCCCCUACGCAGGCCGCACGCCGCUCAGAUAGCCAAGCCGGUCCGUCCGGGCCAGUUCCCGCUCUGCUCUCCCACCAACCCCUGGGUCCGUAUUACUGAACAGCAACACUCCAUCCAUUUUAGUAAUGCCAUGUUCCAGAUGCCCAGUCUGACCCCCAGCCAGAUAGCCAGUCAUCAUGCUGCAUCCCAGCAACAGCCCCUUACUUCAAACCCUCCCAGAGCAGGGACCAGUCCAACAAUCACAACUCCACUGAGUCCAACAUGCCCCAGACCAACAUGUCCAACAUGCCCCAGACCAACAAGUCCAACAUGCCCCAGACCAACAAGUCCAACAUGCCCCAAACCAACAAGUCCAACAUGCCCCAGACCAACAAGUCCAACAUGCCCCAGACCAACAAGUCCAACAUGCCCCAGACCAACAAGUCCAACAUGCCCCAGACCAACAAGCUGCCAGAUGAGCCAGUCAACAGCCCCACAGUGGACAACAGCCCCACAGUGGACAACAGCCCCAGAGUGGACAACAGCCCCACAGUGGACAACAGCCCCACAGUGGACAACAGCCCCACAGAGGACAACAGUCCCACAGUGGACAACAGCCCCACAGAGGACAACAGCCCCAGAGUGGACAACAGCCCCAGAGUGGACAACAGCCCCACAGAGGACAACAGCCCCACAGUGGACAACAGCCCCACAGAGGACAACAGCCCCACAGAGGACAACAGCCCCACGGUGGACAACAGCCCCACAGAGGACAACAGCCCCACAGAGGACAACAGCCCCACAGAGGACAACAGCCCCACAGUGGACAACAGCCCCACAGUGGACAACAGCCCCAGAGUGGACAACAGCCCCACAGUGGACAACAGCGCCACAGAGGACAACAGCCCCAGAGUGGACAACAGCCCCACAGAGGACAACAGCCCCACAGAGGACAACAGCCCCACAGUGGACAACAGCCCCACAGAGGACAACAGCCCCACAGUGGACAACAGCUCCACAGAGGACAACAGCCCCACAGUGGACAACAGCCCCAUAGUGGACAACAGCCCCACAGAGGACAACAGCCCCACAGUGGACAACAGCCCCACAGUGGACAACAGCCCCACAGAGGACAACAGCCCCACAGUGGACAACAGCCCCAUAGUGGACAACA